GUUUGACGUUCCAUAACACAGUUAUUUAUGUUUAUAAACACGGAGUUUAGAAGAAGAAAUAUUCAUAUAAAAUGUAUUUAACAUGGGCAUCGUUCAACAAUAUAAGGAUGCUGAUGAUGGCUUGCAUGCCUGUUGUAAUAUUCUAUUUAAUAUGGCUGGUCAACACAUCGGAAGGUAUUCGAAGUGAAGAGGGCACUCUAUUGGAUCUGGUGUGUUGGCCAGAUGGCAAUGCUAUACCUGUUAUUAUAGCUUUAGGCUCUAUUAUUGCAGUUGUUAUAGAGCUGUACGGUUUAUAUCAGUUAUUUAAAGCCGGCUUACCGAAAAGAGAAUAUGACGUCACAAACGGACUAUUCUACUACGUCUGGGCGCUCAUUAUAAUGAUAAUAAUCUUCCUGGCAAUAAUGUUUUACUCUGGACUUCAAUCGACUAUUAUAAGAGCCAAAAUAAAAGGCGGUAUAACAAAGGCCAUGCUCCGAUACUCAAGUCACCUGCCGUCGAAGGUGGCCAUAGACCGAUUGCAGACCAGAUUCCAUUGCUGCGGCCGAGUCAACUUCCAGGAGUGGUUUUUCAUACCUUGUUCCAAUCACAAGUUCGUAUCGGACAACGUCCCGUACAGCUGCUGCUCCACAGAAGAACUCUACCCCUGCAUACACCAUGGAGUUACUCAGAUGGGGACUAUAUAUAAGUACAACCCUGCGACACAAUUGACGAUAUGGAACGCAGGUUGUGAGGAGAAACUAAUCAGCGAGAUGAUGACCGUCUCGUGGCGGUUCAACGCUGUCAUGGCGCUUAUUAUAAUGGCGAUGGAAAUAGACUCUGGCAAAGAAUGCUAA